AUGGCGACCACAUCCCAACCCGAGCCCGCUAUCGAGGUACAUACCGGUGUUGAGAGCCCAACUUGGUCGCUGAACUACAUAGCAGAACCGCCUGUCAAGGUCGUCGUCGGACCGGCCGAAAAUGCCAAGUCGUGGUAUCUGCCAUCGGGUCUCCUGAAGUCGGUCUCGGGUUACUUCCGAGGAUGUCUCAAUGGCAACUUUGCGGAAGCGGCAUCCGGCGAGGUCCUGCUCACGAAAACCGAUGUUCGCACAUUUGAGUACUUCCUGGGGUGGCUACUUCGUCGCGACGAGUUGAAGACUGCGCCCAUCAACGACCUGGAAGACACAUGGAUCCUGGCCGACCGCCUCCUGUGUGAAGGUCUUCAGAAUGAGGCGAUGGAUCAGGUUCGUGCUCGAAUGCACCGCGCAAAUGCAAUAAUCCAAAAUCCAUCUCCAGCCGUCAACAAUCACCGGCAAAAACACGCUGACGUGACACUGCGGCGACUGAGUCGAUUGUCCGAGAUGACAAACGCAGGUUCUGAGCUGAUGAAGUUCUGGUUCGCAAAUACCGCCUGGAAUUUGACAAAGCACGAUACUCUUUUCACAAAUUUCACCUCAUCCGAAGACUGGAAGACUUUUCCUGAUCAUCUCACCAAGGAGCUCUUCUCUGAAUAUCACAAUUGUAUCGUUCUCGGCAAGGACUCCGCUAGUCCAGCAGCUCCAGGAGGCUGCUCGUUCCAUGUCCACGAAGGCAACAAGUGCGACGGAUCUGGUGGUAUUAAAUCGGAUCCCGAUGCAACACAGAUAGUCAACUCUGGCGACAUUAGCUCCGCAAGCGCGAAGAGGCGUAAGUUGUCAGAAGUAGCCGUGUCCGAUUCAGGCGAUCCAUCCACUCCAACAUCAACUUUCACUGGCUUCGGAGGUCGUGGGAGUGGCGCGGUCCGCGGCAGCAUACCACGAGGAGGGGCCACACCACGAGCAGGUUCUUCGUCGCGUGGUAGAGGAGGCUUCGUGCCGCGUGGCAGGGGAGGCUGA